GUGAUUUUCAUGACAUUGAGACGUAUAUACAUUUGAUAUAUUACCUAUUGAGUUUAAAGGAUUACAUAUGUACAGAAUUCUUUCUUAUUUAUCAGUGAUUAUGAAACCUACAUAAAAACCAUGAAAAUGGCAAUAGCAAUGGCCUGUAUAAAAAGUAAACCAGAAGGCUUGACUGCUAAAGAAUACACUGAACAACUUUGUCAGAACUAUUUACAGAAACAGCAAGAAUGCCAGGAUAAACUGAAAUCAGCAGAAAAUGAAAUCCUUCAACUGCGACAACAAUUAGUUCUACAGUCUACACUUGGACAAAAUGCAUUUUUACCUUCAAGAAACACAGUACAAGCAGAAGAACCACUAUGCCUGACCCCGCCAUCAUCUGGGACGACUACAUGUACAGUACAAUCCACAACAGACAACAGCCAACUUAUUCAAAACACUGCCUUUUUACAGAGCAUUUUGAACCUACAAUCAAUCACCAGAACACCUCAAUUAACCUCAGUUACUUAUACAACACUCAAGAACAGUUUGACCAUGGUUAAAUACUGUAUUGAAAAUGAGGCUAAUAUUCCUCUAUCGUCAAUCCAGAAAAAUGUGCAUGUUAUUAUGGGAGUGUUGGACUCAGAAAAGAUUGUUGACUUGGUACAAGUUGUUGACUGUAUUAUAGAUAUUGUUAUGUGUAUACUGAAUAUGCUGCUGUUUAAAGAACAUGAAAGUAUGGAGGAAGCAGAAUGUCUAGUGACGCUUGUUACAUCCUUUUGUCAUGUCAAAUUAUUUGAAAGAAUUGUGAAAAUGACAUUAACAGUUAUUGAAGAAUUUUCAAAUCACCUACGAAAUGUACAACAAAAGAAAGAAGAUAUUGAUCUUUUGAAAUACUGGAAUUUAAACAACGUCUUCAAAAUUCUGGAAAAUAUUUUUCACAAGCAUAGAGAACAUAGUUUAAUGAUGUCAUCAGAUUUCGUGGACAAGAUAAAUGAAAGACUUGACGAGACAUUGCUUCAUUUGACAGACCCUUUUCCUCUGUUUGCGCAUGCUGUGUGGAAAAUUCAAGGAAUUUUAAAUCAAAUUGUUUCAGAAAGUCAACCAUAAUAAUAUUUAUUAUUUUG